AUGGAGAGGUUCAAGGGCAAAUGCGCCGCUGCUUUCUUGCACAGCUGGUUGAGCGGCCCCGAGGAGGACGUGGAGGAGUGGGAGGGGGGGGAGGCGAGGGUGGAGGCGGCAGCGAGGGAGGAGGCGGGGGUGAGGGAGGAGGGGGGGGCGAGGGAGGAGGAGGGGGUGAGGGAGGAGGGGGAGAAGAGGGAGGAGGGGGAGGCGAGGGAGGAGGGGAAGGAGGGGAAGGAGGGAGAAGAGCUAGAGGCGGAGUGGGCAUAG